AGAUUCGUGCGCGAACAUGACGGGUUUGGUUUCCAGAGCGACCGUUACAAGUUCAAAAUAAAUAUUUUGAAUUUCAAACAAGUGUUUCGCGCGUCGCGUUGCCAAGCGAAGUGCAGCAGCAGCAGCAAAAAGUGAAAAUCAAAUACAACGCGUAACUCGUGCGGCAAACACACCCAAAAAUAGUUCACAGAGAGUGCAUUUUGGCAAAUUCUAAAAGGAAUAGAAUAGAAAACAAAAUAAACACACAACAAAAUGGCUUGCUCCACAAAGCUGCUCAAGCUAUUCGCCCUGUUCUGGGACAUAAUCUAUGUGCUCUUCGGUCUGAUUGUCAUUGCCCUGGGCGUGCAUAUAUUUUUCAAAUUCGAGCAUUUCGAUACAGCCGCCUUCGUCAUCUUCGUCUCUGGCAUCGUCAUUGUGCUGGCCUCCCUCUUUGGCACCCUGGGCGCGCUACGUGAGAGCAGUCGCAUGUCCAAGUCGUUUGUGGCCAUUGUGGUUGUUCUGAUCAUUCUGCAAGUGCUGACAGUGGGCUUCUUUUGGCUGUUCCAAACAUCGCUGCUCAUCAAUGUGGACAAGACCUUCGAUCAGCUGUGGCACGAUCAGCCGGUGCCUGUCAAGCCCGGCAAUGUCAGCCAAAUAGCGAGCAUCGAACGUUGGCUCGAUUGUUGCGGCAAUGUCGGCUAUAAGGACUAUUUGCUGCCCCCGAAUAGCUGCUACAACAGCGACACGAACAAACUGAACAUGGAGGGCUGUCGUCAAAAGUUCUUGGACUAUAUUGCCGAACGCUGGACAGCAUUCAAUAUAUUCGCACUGGUUCUGGUUGGCGUCGAGAUCAUUUGCGCACUGCUCGCCUAUGUGCUGGCCCACAGCAUUGUGAAUCGCUGGAGACGCUCCAAAUAUUUUCCAAAAUAAUUGAACAUGCAUUCAGCACACUUCAUAAUGCGCAUACUCAAGGCCAAAGAAUUCUCAAUACUGUGCAAAUACACUUACACUGUACUACACAGCACUGCACUGCACUGCACUACACUGCACUACACUACACUAAGCAAUCGAAUUUCCAGUCUAAAUAUUGCGGCGUUUUGCUAGUCUACCUCAUGUUCAUCCAAUCAAAAA